CCAUCCCUCAGAAAAGCCCCAGCACGGCCUGUCAGUGUCACACCGGGCAAGAUGGCAGCAACGAGGAUCAUCGGGGUUCUGGCGCGCCUGGGCGGAUGCCCCACGGCAGCAGGCUUCACAUGCAGACCCCUGUCCAUGUCUUCCGCUGUACUCACGAGGACACACGUCAGCUACGAGCUGAAGAACGAUGUGGCCGUCGUCCGCUUUAACACCCCCAACUCAAAGGUGAACACUCUGUCCAAACAGCUGCAGUCAGAGUUCGGGGAAAUAAUGAAUGAAAUCUGGGCCAAUGAUGCCGUAAAGAGCGCCGUCCUGAUAUCCUCCAAACCGGGCUGCUUCAUCGCCGGGGCCGACAUCAACAUGAUCGAGUCCUGCGCCACGGCUCAGGAGGUCACCCAGCUGUCUCAGGAAGGCCAGAAGAUGUUUGCCAAGCUGGAGACGUCUCCGAAACCCAUUGUGGCCGCGAUUAACGGCUCCUGCCUGGGCGGGGGGCUGGAGGUGGCCAUCGCUUGCCAGUACAGAGUGGCCACAAAGGACAAGAAGACUGUUCUGGGCACUCCUGAGGUCUUACUCGGGCUCCUGCCAGGCGCCGGAGGGACUCAGAGACUCCCCAAAAUGGUGGGGAUCCCGGCUGCUUUCGACAUGAUGCUCACCGGAAGAAACAUCCGUGCGGACCGAGCCAAGAGGAUGGGGCUGGUGGACCAGCUUGUGGACCCUCUGGGCCCGGGGCUGAAGAGUCCGGAGGAGGGAACCAUUCAGUACCUGGAAGAAGUGGCUGUGGAUUUCGCCCGAGGAAUCGCCAACAAGAAGAUCUCAUUAAAGAAAGACAAGGGGCUGAUCCAGAAGAUCACAGACUAUGUCAUGUCCGUGGCGUUCGUGAGGCAGCAGAUCUAUAAAACUGUGGAAAACAAGGUGAAGAAACAGACAAAGGGGCUCUACCCAGCCCCCCUCAAAAUUAUCGAGGUUGUGAAGACCGGUUUGGAGCAGGGACAGGAAGCUGGGUAUCUCGCAGAGUCUCAGAAAUUCGGUGACCUGGCGAUGACCAGCGAGUCCCGCGCACUGAUUGGCUUGUACCACGGACAGGUCCUGUGCAAGAAAAACAAAUUCGGAGCCCCUCAGAAAGAAGUGCAGAAGCUGGCCGUCCUGGGGGCCGGGCUCAUGGGCGCGGGUAUAGCCCAGGUCUCUGUGGAUAAAGGUCUAAAGACUAUUCUGAAGGACACGACCGUGGAAGGUCUGGGCAGAGGACAGCAGCAGGUCUUCAAAGGCCUGAACGAUAAGGUGAGGAAGAAGAACCUGACGGCCUUCGAGCGAGACAGCCUGAUGAGUAACCUGACCGGCCAGCUGGAUUAUAGAGGCUUCGACGAGGCCGACAUGGUGAUCGAGGCGGUGUUUGAAGAUAUCCGAAUUAAACACAAAGUGCUGCAGGAGGUGGAAGCCGUUGUUCCCCCGCACUGUAUCUUCGCCAGUAAUACGUCCGCGCUUCCCAUCUCUCAAAUAGCUGCCGCCAGUAAGAGGCCUGAGAAGGUUAUCGGAAUGCAUUAUUUCUCCCCGGUGGACAAGAUGCAGCUUCUGGAGAUCAUCACAACAGACAAAACAUCCAAAGACACCACGGCCUCCGCUGUGUCUGUUGGCCUCAAGCAGGGAAAAGUUAUUAUCGUGGUUCAGGACGGACCCGGGUUCUACACGACGAGGUGCCUCGGCCCCAUGAUGGCGGAGGUGGUGCGUGUCCUGCAGGAAGGGGUUGACCCCAAGAAGCUGGAUGCCCUCUCUACCGGCUUUGGUUUUCCGGUUGGAGCCUCAACGUUGGCGGAUGAAGUCGGCAUCGAUGUUGCGGCUCAUGUUGCGGAGGACCUUGGCAAAGCUUUCGGGGAACGAUUUGGUGGCGGAAACAUUGAGCUGUUGAAAGCCAUGGUAGCCAAAGGGUUUUUGGGCCGUAAAUCAGGGAAAGGUUUUUAUAUUUACCAAGAGGGAGUGAAGAACCGAGCAAAGAACUCUGGGACUGAGGAGAUCUUGGAGAAGUUCAAGCUGCAAGCAAGGCCUGAGGUCUCGUCCGAUGAAGACAUCCAGAUGCGUCUAGUCACGAGAUUUGUGAACGAGGCCGUGAUGUGCUUGCAGGAAGGCAUUCUGAGCAAUCCUAUAGAAGGAGACAUCGGGGCUGUCUUCGGCCUGGGAUUUCCACCCUGCCUUGGAGGUCCGUUCAGGUACGCUGAUGCCUAUGGGGCUGGGCGCCUAGUGGACAGAAUGAGGAAGUAUGAGAGUGUGUACGGCAGCCAGUUCACUCCGUGCCAGCUGCUUAUUGACCAUGCCAAGGACCCCAGCAAGAAGUUCCACCAUUAGACAUGUGUCCGAUGUGGGCAUGCUACCACGGAUGAGGAGGCGCGACCAUCCCUGGCCAUCGUGUGAUGUCUGCCGUCCAAUUACACAGGACAGUACGCUCUUCUAACCUCGCUAAUGAGCCGGAUGUGCCUUACCUGUUCCCCGACCCAAGCACUGGGUCCCAGCACUAUUGAAGCUUUUGUUUAAAGUUUUAGUGUUUCAUUUUUGCACUUACUGCUGCCGAUGAGAAGGCAUUUAAACUGUGGUUUCUGAUCCGGGUGAGUUGUUCUGGUGCAGUGCAUCCAUUCCAUUGCAAUGUGGACAGUACCAAUAAAACAACUAAAUAUAUUGUCAUGGAUUGCGCCUUUAUGCUUCUUCACUUUCAGAAUGAAAAAAAUUAGCAUUUUCCAAUUAAUGAAAGUUUAGAACAAGAA